AUGAGUGAACCUUUGUACAAUGCCAUUGAGGACUACGGCCUGAUUGGGGACAUGCACACCUGUGCCCUGGUCAGCAAGGCCGGUAGUUUGGAUUACAUGUGCUGGCCAGUCUUUGACUCUCCUACCGUUUUCUGUCGCCUGCUGGACGACAAGAAAGGAGGGUUCUUCUCCGUGAAGCCUUACAAGACGGUGGUGGAUGCCCACAGCAAGCAGCGGUAUCUUCCAUACUCGAACCUGCUUGAAACCAGGUGGACCAACGAGGAUGGUGUUGCGACAUUGCUGGACUACUUCCCCGUCACACCUAAAAAGGGUGCGCAGUCGUCCCGGUUGCUGUCAGGAUACUGUCCUUGCAAUGAACCGGGCACCAAUCGCUUCAAGUCUGGACUGCAGCACUCGGGCCUGAUCAGAAAGUUGGAGUGUAGCCGUGGCUCCAUGGAAUUGCAAGUGCAGCUGUUCCCAGCUUUUAAUUAUGCACGAGAAGCACACAACACCCGUGCAAAACUGGAAAACGACAUGUCCAAGCACCGGCUGCAGACCGUCCACUUUGAGAAUUGGUUUCCCCCGGCGUCUUUGAAACUGGAAGAACGAGAUGGCCUCCGUGGCCGCGGACUGGUAGCCUGGAUCCGUCUAUCGGAGGGUCAGACCAUUCACCUGGUGUUGCACAGUCCCGAGAAAGCCGUCCCUAGCUCGGCCACCAUGGCUUCCUACCUCUUCAAAAUGGAGGAGGAAACUUCCGACUAUUGGACCGAUUGGACACGCAAGUGUGCCUUCCGUGGUCAUUACCGAGAGACAGUCGAACGCAGUCUCCUCAUUCUGAAGCUGUUGACCUACAAACCGACGGGUGCAAUUAUCGCGGCCCCCACCUUCUCGCUUCCCGAAAAUGUGGGAGGCGCCAGAAACUGGGAUUAUCGGUACUCCUGGGUGCGUGACACAGCCUUCACGCUGUAUGUCUUUCUCAAAAUGGGAUACAGCCAAGAAGCGGAAUCGUAUGUCAACUUCAUAUUCGAGCGGGUCUUCCCGCAUGCUUCUCAAGACCUUGAUCCCAACAGCAAAAAGCCCUUCUUGCCACUGAUGUUCACUAUCCGGGGCGAGUAUGACAUCCCAGAGGUGGAACUGGACCAUCUCGAAGGGUACAAAGGCAGCAAGCCUGUUCGCAUUGGCAAUGCUGCCGUCUUCCACACGCAGCUGGACAUCUACGGUGAAUUGUUGGACAGUAUCUAUCUGUACAACAAGCACGGCAACCCCAUCACCUAUGAUCAAUGGAACUCUAUCCGCCGUAUGAUCAACUACGUCGUCGGUGUUCGGAACCAGAAGGAUAUGUCCAUUUGGGAAUCGCGUGGCCAGAUCCAAAACUUUAUCUAUUCGAAGAUCAUGAUGUGGGUGGCCCUGGAUCGCGGAAUCCGCCUUGCGGAGAAGCGUGCUAGCCUGCCAUGCCCCGAUCGCUUUGACUGGAUUAGGGUCCGUGACGAAAUGUACGAUGAAAUCAUGACCAAGGGGUACAACGAAGAGCGUGGCCAUUUCUGUCAGAGUUAUGAGAGUCCCGAGGUCCUCGAUGCAUCUAUUUUGAUUGCACCUUUGGUCUUCUUCGUUGCGCCCAAUGAUCCACGGUUUAUCAGUACGCUGAGGAGGAUUUUGCAAAGCCCCGAGAAGGAGGGUCUGUCCAGCGCUAAGAUGGUGUUCCGAUAUGACCACCAGAAGGCCAACGAUGGUAUGGUAGGAGGUGAGGGUGCCUUCAUCAUGGUAACCUUCUGGCUUGUCGAAGCCAUGGCUCGUGCUGCCAAAUAUGAUGUGCCUAUUCCAAAUAUCUGGAAACUCGCACUUUCGCACUUCGAUAACAUCCUGUCCUACUCGAAUCACCUGGGAAUGUUUUCUGAAGAAGUGGCCAUUUCAGGUGAGCAAAUGGGCAAUUCCCCACAGGCUUUCAGUCACCUGGCCUGUGUCAGUGCUGCAAUUAAUCUGGGAAGAAUUGGACGAGUUGGUGGUGACUAG